AUGCCUGACUGUCGUGCCGUCAACGCUGAGGAUGAGUCUGCGAACUCGGGUGUUCCAUCCAUCGCACGCGAAGCGAACGUUGCCCUCCAAUAUUUGAUCGCGACAGAGCUUGAGCUCUUGCCCGAUUCGACCAUCCUCGGCCGCUCCCUCACCUUAAGGUCGGUCAUUUCCACAACCUCUUCCUUUGCCCGUCGUGCCCAAGCAGCGGGUAUCCGCCCUGAGCUGCAGGACGUCAACCAGAUCGGCGAUGGCCUUCAAGGAGUAAUUUUCGAACAAGUCGGACAGCCUUUGGCAUUCAAGAAGGAAAUACCGGGCAAUGAAACCCGUUCAUCAAAUCUUCGCCACGAGUAUCGUCUGCACUGGGAGCUCUCGACCGCGUUCGCUCUUUAUGACUCUAAUAUACACGGCCACGUCCGCGUUCCGAAACCUCUGGAGUUUAUUUCCAGGACAGACGACGCCAACCGAUUCUGGGAUGUGCUGCCAAAAAUCCCCCCACAGUAUCGUGCGCGCGGAGACGUUGUGAAGAUGGAACGCAUCCUUCCUCUACCCAAAGGAGACAGCAGCACAGCGGACAUCGAAACUAUCCUGAAUGAAACGACCAACAAGCAUUGCCUCGCACGGGUGUAUCUCGGAAAGACAGACGGGCCUUUCGUGCAAGGAAAGUCCCCAUUGAGGAAUUUCCGUCUCUACUUGAAGGCUAUGGAAAGGCUUUCUAUGGAUGUCAACGGCCUUGCAAAUGCGAUGGGGAAGGCAUUCGCAAUCAUGCACUGGGGAGCUGGGAUAAACGGCGAUGACGUGGAGUUUGUACUGGGGACGUCGACCAUCGGCUCGGAAACAACUCUCCCGGACUUCCAACACCGAGCAGUUGGAAUGUAUCUUCUGGACUUCGGCCAGUGUAGUGUCGUAGAUCUCAAGGAGGAGCCGGACGUGGUGUACCAAGCAUUCAAAGGCGCCAUGGUCACCGGCGACAAUCAGGACUUCAUCCCUAAUUGCCAGAAGAGCCCAGCCGUGUUUGCGGAGUUCAAGAACGGAUACUUGCUGGCAGGAAAGACCAUUCUGAAGGAGAAGGGAAUGGCAGACAAGUUCAGCGUGGAGGAUUUCAUGCGCGAGUACGAGGAGUAUGGCGAGGACUUUCUUUGA